AAUAUGGGCAAACUUUUUCCUAAUUCCUAUAGGAUCUCAAAAUAUGUCAGAAGAAUUGCACGUCUAGUUUCAAUUUUACUUUUAUGAUAAGUGCGGAGUCAAACUACAACAAUAAAUAUACCGACACAAGUUCUGUUUCAUAGCAUAUUUUAGAAAUUUAGAAGGUUAUCUAUUUUAAACUUAUUGUCCUACAAAAAGGAAAGGCAUUCAAAUUCCAUGUUGGUUAGAAGUCGAGUUUUACUUCCCAAAAGAAGGAAUUUUUCUUCCCUAUUUCUUGUUGGAUUUGCACUUACUUUCAUACUAUAACUAACCAUGGUGCCCAACAAGCUAAACGCAAAAAGGCGCAGACUUGAAGAUCCAGCUGAAAGUGCAAGCUCAAGCAGCAACCCUCGUAACAAAAUUGAAGUACGAAGUCCGACAACAACAGAUCGAAUGUGUGGGGUUUCAUGCAGUAAAACUCAAGAAAGAGCUCAGUUAUUUGGUAAUAAUGACUUGGUGCGACUCAAUCAAGACCACAAGGUGUAUAAAGUUGUAACAGACAAGUUUGUAUCUGGUUUAGGUGCACUAGGAUCAUCACUUCAAGUUGAGGCAAUUCAUAUGAAUGUUCGUUCCAGCUUUGUUUCACAAACAAGGUUUCAAUCUUUCCUUCUUGUUGCAAAAACCAUGGAGAAAAAGUACAAUGGGCAUGCUAGUAAGAAGCUUGGUUGGUAUGGAACUUCGAAGGAAAAAAUUAUUGACAUAAUUUCUAAUGGUUUUGUUCCAUUAAGUUAUCGCCAUGGAGUUCAAUUUUCUGCUCGUGAUUACCCUCUUGAUUGUCUUCAAACUGCUGUUCAAGACAAGGAUGGACUAAGACAUUUAUUGCUUUGCAAAUUGGUAUUGGGAAGAUCGGAACUAGUAAUUCCUGGUUCAGGACAGUUUCAACCAAGUUCUGAGGAUCUUGAUUCUGGGGUUGACAGUUUCACAUCUCCAAGAACGUAUAUAGUUUGGAGUAGUCGCCUGAGUACACAUGUCUUCCCUGAAGUCAUAGUCAGUGUCAGAGUUUCUCCUCAUUCAAAAGGGGUUGAUGAAUAUCGUCCAACUCUUUCAAAGAAUGUAAAUUUAAGGAUUUCCGUUGAUGCUUUGAUCACUAGAUUAUCAAGGAUCUUGCCUUCUCAUGCUAUCAAGUUGAUAAAAGAAUAUUACAAUGAUCGUCAAAAGGGGAAGACCACUGCGCAAGAAUUUGUAAGGCAAGUGAGCCAAGUAGCAGGAAACAGUUUGUUGAUUUCAAUCAUAAAGUCUAUAUCUGCUCAGAGAAAUUUAGCUCAACCAAGACCGAAAGAGCAAUAAUGAUACAAGGAAUAUCCUGUCUUACAGUGGACUGCUGAAUUCACAUAUUACUUUUAAUAAAUCUCCUUUUUUGCUUUUCUAUGGCCCAUUGACAGUAGUCACUUGUAAGAGUUAUAUUGUCGUUGAUAGUUUAAAAUUCUCCCAUGGUUUGUCCUUGUAUAAAAAGCGGUGACGUUCUUCGAUCACUUGCAGUGCUACUCUAACAUUGAUAUCUUUGAGUUUGAUUACUAUUUUCCGGUGUAUAUUCUUGAAUUGCUCUUGCAACAAAAGUCCGUCAAGA